AUGUAUACUCAUCAUGGAAAGGAACGGACACCGACUCAACUACACCAGAAUGCGUAGAACGCUUGCAAUGUGGACGAGACUUGACUUGAGAAAUCAAUGACCGGUAUAUUUAAGAUCUUCUUAAGUUAUCCCUGUCUAUCCCAUAUUUCCAGUCCCUGUCUUGUACAGGUAACAGGGACUUAAGCGAAUGAUUAAAGCGACCUUAAAUAUAAGUAACGACUCUGAAUUCUGAAUAUCGGCCUGUAUAGGAAAACGAAAAGAAAUUUAUACUUCGUUUAUGAUACUAUUUUAUCGGUAAUGUAACGGUGAUUUGUCGGUAACGUGUACAAGAUUAUUAUAUGGCCGGUUUAGCACCGUCAAGUGUUUUGCUAUCUGUUUCUUACUCCGCUGGCCACAUAUUCUAGAGGGCGUCAAAAAUUGCCGAUUUUUUCGUGGGACACCAAGUCCCAUAAGGCUGCCACUCUUUAUAAGUAUUUCCCCUCAGCGUAGGGAACAGAUGUUAAGUGAUUCUGUGUAUCGUUCCUUUUAAUUUAUCUGCUUCGGAUAGACUGUAUUGAAUUGUCGGACGACUGUCCGAGAACGUGAACUACUGAAUUCCAAUUUUAUUAUGCAGUAAAUAAUUUUUUAUGCACAUACGUUAGGACUCGGUCCUGCGAUAUAGUGUUGUCUACUAUUUCUUAAUCUUUUUUAAUUCUUUUAUUUUUAUAAAAAUGAAGAUAUCGAUCAGAAACGUCUUUUAAUAAAACCGAAACAUGGUGUUGAAUCGAAAUGAUAAAAGAAAACGAAAAGAAGGAGAUUUGGUGGAUCUUAUGGAGCCACUCUCAGAAUCUCCUAAGAGGACUAAAGUGCAUGCACAAAGAAAGUUUGCACAGGGUGCAUCAACAGUUUUUAAUUCCUCGCAUACUCCUAUUAAAGAUAAAGAGAAGUCUAAGCCUGCAGUUAUAACAGAACUAAUAACUCACAAGCGACCAAACACAGAAGACUUCCUCACAUUUUUAUGCUUCAGAGGUACAUCAAUUUUACCUCCAAGCUUAAAUUUUUUCAAUGUUGGAAAUAAGAAAGAAAAAGAAGAUCCCAAGCCACUAUUGACGUCAACAGAUAAGAUUGCAUCUUCAACUAGUACGUCUGCUGAAUGUCAGAAAUCAGAUUCAAGUCAAAAGAAUGUUACCAAAACAAAGCCUGUCGUUGCUGAGAAAAAGAAAGCUCCGAACGAAAUACAAAAUAAUAUUACUACAUUUAAGUGUACAUCAUCUACCGUACAGGCGCUUAAAAAGAAGUAUCAAGAGCAACGGCUCGCUAAGCAGAGGAUCAGAGAUAAAUUUAAGAGAGUUAUGAGGACGAGGUCUUGCACAGAGAGAACAUUAUUGAAGUCUGCGAAUAAGUUGGCACCGAAAAAAUUCUUGCCAAGGGUCGAGACUAAGAGGCUUGGCUUACGCAGUAGCGUGCUUUCGGAUAAAAGAAAGAAAGUUUCUCCAAACGUGAAAUCUGUUCUGAAACCAAAGAAGAAGAUUGUAGUGAAACAAAAAGCUAGCGACACAUCAAACACAGAUUCCACUUCCGAGGAAGAGGAAGAAGUUCCGUCAGAGAAAUCACAAUCGAAACGUACUGUUCAAAAGGCCGGUCAAAAGAACAUGUGCACGAGAAGUAAACCAGAAACGAGAAGAAUCACGCGUUCUCAUAGCGGCACGGUUUCGCCUAAAAAUAUUUGCAGAAGACCAACAAGAAAGACAAAAGAAGCAGCUGCGGUGUACAUGGAAAUUCUCGGACGAAAACUUGUUAGUCCUGAUUUGGAAAAUGAUGACAAUGUGUCAGUGGAUAGUUUUCCAGAAUUGCCAAAUACGCGUAAAGCUAGUCAAGCGGAAAACGAAACUAAAACUAAAGUAAAACAAUCUGUAACAAAAGCAGCUAAUAAAAAUAAAGAGAGUAAAGUUACUUCUGCGAAUAAUACAUCGAACAAACGUUUGGACAAGACUAAGACUAGUAAAGUGGCUUUUAAGGGUAAAAGAUUAAUGAGGGUUUUGAAGUAUUGCGAAAUUGACAGCGACGAAGAAUCUGUUAGUUCGAAUGAAACUAGUAACGCGAGACCUGUUACAAGACGAAGUUUAGGAAAAUUAAAUAAACCUGCGAAUCGUGCUCUUAGAUCCUCUACUAAAAAUCUCGUCGGACGAAUGGAGAUACAGAAUACUGUGAAAUCAAAAACGCAGCUUCAAAAUAAUCUGAGAUUCAAUAAAGAAAAAUUCGUAAUGAAACGUAAACGAGAACAGAGUUUAAACAAACCAAUAUCUGAGAAAACUAACGAAGUAAAACAAAAGGAGACAAAAGCUGUCGUGAACGAGAGUACGGAUUCUGAUGAAGAGACACUGGGAAUGUUACUCAACAAAUUGAAAAGGAAAAAGGAUGACAGUGAACAAAAGGAAAGUACUAGUAAAAAUAAUGAUAAUGACGUUGGAGAAAAAGUUGAACAACCUUCAGACGGAGCUGUUGUGAAGACGGACGUUCCAAAAAUAUCUGACGAUGAGGAAUCUUUUCGGGGAUUCUCGAAGAAGGCUAUAUCCAAAGUACUGAAUUCUUGUCAGACGCAUGUCAAUGCUAAUCUCCUUACCGCGAAGAAUACCGGAAAUAAAUCGGAGCCUAAAGUAAAAGAUGAACAAGAUUCUAAUGCGACCAAUAAACAGGAAGAUAAAGGAUUGUCGACUAACGAACCUUCGGUGAAUACAGAUCUUGCUACGACUGUGAGCAUGUCAGAUGAUCAAUCAACCCAGAAAAAAGAAAUUAAAUCAAAAUUACCGGAUAAAGUGGAACAUCUCACAGAGAUACAGAAUACUGACAAGAAAUGUCCUUACAAAACGGAAACUCCUUCUGCAAAUAUUCUCGAUAUGUCGUUGGCAGCGUUGCAUGUGAGGAAAGAAAAAGUAAACAUGUCCACUGAACAAAUUGAAAAGUGGUUGAACGAAAGUUCGCUCGCUAAAGAGGAAAGCAAGUUAGAAAUGGAGAACGUGUCUACAUUUAAAUAUGAGGUUUGCGAGAAGAAGGCUGACGUUUCACAUUUGUCGAUUUCAACGAAAAUUCAGCACUUGGUGAGACCAGUCAAUGUUACGCUUUGUAAGUUGGCAGAAAAAUCUAAUUUGAAAGAUCGUACAAUUACGCUUAAUAAACAUCUGCCAUUAGCAGAACUGCUAUCUGAUAUGAAACAGCAAAAUGAGUUCGCUAGUAAAAUAGAUUUGAAAGAUAUUAAUAAAGGACGAAAUAUAAAAUCAAGUAAAGAUUCGUGUUCUGGUGAAGAAUGCGACGGAUUAAAAAUUGUACAAAACUUGGUGGAUGGCUCUGGCGAGAAGAAACUGACAGAGAAAAAGAUAUUUCAACCAAGGAAACCAUUUUUACCAAAAGUUAAAGAACGUAAAACGGCGAUUCCGAACGCGAAUGCAUUUUCUCCAGAAAACGAAAGUAGCGUUUAUGCAUUUGAGAGUGACACAGAAGAUCCUGUUAACACUCCUUUUAGACGUAAGGCUCGUGAAUCUAAUAAAUCAAAUAUACCUCUUAACUCACCUGAGAUUGUCGCAGUUAAAAAUGAAAAUAAUACAAAUAAGUCUGAGACUAAUACAAAUAAAUUGGACAAUAAUAUAAUUAAAUUUGAGAACAUUUCAAGUAUUGAGAAAUCUGAGAUUGAAAUGAAUAAACCUUUGAAGAAGGAAGUGAACGAUAAUUCCGAAAUGGCAACGACUAGUGACCAUCCUAGUAUUUCUUUGAACAAUGACGACCAAGUAGUAGAAGUAAAGAAUACAUCGACCGCAGCAUUGAACGUGAACAAAUUUGAGUUGCCAAAAAACUUUGCUACGUUAGCUAAUAUACAAGUUUUACCGUUGGAUAAGUUAACGACAAAUUGGAGCAAUGUGAGCUGUAGCACUUCCAUAGCCGUACAAGUAAAUCUUGAUAACAGUGUACAGACACAAGAGCAAACGAGAGAGGGAGACGCGAAUCAACAGAGGAGUACAGAAAUAUCUACUCAGACUGAUAGCAAUAAUGAAAACGACGAUGAAAACGAUGGUCAACUAUUUUAUAUACCUUUGCAAGCGGUUACAAGGAAUGGUCCAAAUUUAAUUCAAGGGCAACAAUUAAUUCAAGGUGUAGCUGUAAAGCUUGGUACCGAGGGACCAACCGGACCUAAUCAAAAAGUCCUUCUAAGAGCGAAACUAGUUACGAAACCUCCGUCGUCAGUUGUUCGCUGCCCUCCUGUGGGCACAGUGCAGCCUACGACACGUACUCCACCAAAUUCCACCUUUGUAGCACCCGAUCAUUCAAUGCCAUCAACUUCAUCAAACACAGCACCGAUCAUUCCUAAAUCCGAUUCUGAACCUAAGCUAUCUUCUCCAAAAAAAAGUGAAAGCACCAUACAGAUGAUGACCAGACAAAAUGUCGCAACUGCAUCAAAUGCAACGCAAGAAAAGUAUCUAAGAUCUCCAAAAACUUCUAGAGAAAGAAAGACUUCCAUUGAUUCAAAUAAGAAUGGGAAACGAUGUCAGGUGAAAGCAAAGCAGAAAGUAUCCGAGAUUUGUUCUCCAACUAAUAAUGUACAAUUUCCGAAUGCAAAAGAUGAAAAUAAAGAGGCGCAUUUAGUCCAGGCGCCAACUUUUCAUCCUAGUGAGAAAGAUUUUCAGGAUCCUUUGGAAUAUAUUGAUAAAAUCAGACCGAUCGCAGAAAAAUUUGGUAUAUGCAGAGUUAUACCACCACCGAAUUUCAAGCCGGAAUGUAAAGUGACGGAUGAUAUGCGUUUUACCGCUUAUAAUCAGUACGUACAUCGCAUGCUUCAUAGGUGGGGUCCUAACGUGAAAGAAAUGAUGGCUAUAAAAAAAUAUUUAGCUACUCAAAGUAUAACAUUAACUCAUCCACCAUGGAUUGGUGGUAUGGAGGUAGAUUUACCUCACCUGUAUCAAACAGUUCAAAGCUUAGGCGGGUUAAAGGAAGUAAUUGAAAAGAAGAAAUGGCAAAAGGUAGCCGAUGGCAUGAAGAUACCAAAAUCUGCCCAAGAUCGUGUAACAAAAUUGGAUGAUAUUUAUUGCAAAUACUUGUUACCAUACGAUACACUGUCUCCAGAGGAACGAGGCAAAUUAUUCAAUGAAGUUGAGUCUGAAUGGAUGCAAAAAGAAAGUAGAGUUUUGCAGAGGCAAAACGCGUCAGUAAGUGAAAAUGAAGACGACGAAGAUGAGGACAGUUCCGAUGAAAUCGAAGAAUGCAUUGUAAAAGGUAGAAACAUGCCCCUGAAUGCUUUUUAUCGCAUCGCGCGGAACACUCAACGUAUGUGGUUCGGUGAGAAUCAGAAGACUGAAAACGAAGCCGAAGGUGCCUCCGCCGACGAGGUUGAAAGCGCAUUCUGGAAGCACGUCGCGGAAAGAAGACGACAUGUUUGUGUACACGCCGCGAGCAUUGAUUCAAGUGGACGUGGCUUCGGAUUCUCAGUUGCUAAGAACAGUCCGUUUGCCAGACAUCCGUGGAAUCUCAAAGUACUUACCAAUAAUGCUGGAUCUGUCUUGAGAGCUUUGGGUCCCAUAAUGGGCGUGACGGUACCUACACUCCACGUGGGUAUGUUGUUCAGCGCGUGCUGUUGGUAUCGCGAUCCUCAUGGCCUUCCUUGGAUAGAAUAUUUACACACUGGUGCUAAAAAGAUCUGGUAUGGAAUACCGGACGAACACAACAAUAAUUUUAGAGAGGCUCUAUCAAAGAUGGUUCCACGUUACUGUAAGAAUAAGACUAUAUGGCUGCCAUCGGACACGGCAAUGGUACCUCCCGAGUUAUUAGUUAGGAACGGGGUAUCAUUGUGCCAGACUGUCCAAGAACCAGGACAAUUUAUAAUUGUAUUUCCUAAAGCAUUUACGUCAAGCAUAUGUACUGGUUACGUAGUGUCUGAAAGCGUUUACUUCGCGCAAUCAUCCUGGCUAGAAACAGCUGAACAAGUAUUUAGAGAUAUACAAGACAGUUGCGAACCAUCGAUCUUCUCUUUUGAGAGAUUAUUGUUUAACAUUAUUAAUGAUUCUAGAUCUCAUAUAGAUGUAUUAAAACAGAUUAUGCCAAGUGUAAUUAGAAUUCGUGACAAAGAAAUAAGUUGCCGUGAGCAGUUAAAACUCGUGGGUCUUAUGAACAGAGAGAGAUUACCUCUGCCAGAUAGCGGAAAACGAAAGAAGGGGCAAAGAGUAAACGAAGACGACGGAGACUUUGAAUGUGAAACUUGCAGAGCUAAUCUGUUUGUUUCGUUAGUUAGCAAUUCACAGGAUGAUAGCGUUUACUGUUUGUCGCAUGCAUUGCAAUUACUUAACAAGAAGAAACAGCUGUUGAAGCAUUGCACCUUGAUGUAUACGUACAGCGAGGAGGAAUUAGAUGAUUUGAUCCAUAAACUAGAAGACAGAAUCGAAGCCAAAUCUAAAAAGACUAAUCAAAUUAAACAAACAAAGUAA